ACAAGACAGAGAUUUCAAUCCCUAUCUAAGACAAAGGAAGAUUGCUACAAAAUCUCACUAUUUACACAACCACCACAUCUGCAACAUACAGACAAGAGACCAACAAGCAAGAAAAGUGGAGAAAUAGACUGACUGGGAAGACAGAAAUCAAGUGGGAGUGGUAUGAUGUGGUGAUAUGGCUCUAGAUAUGGAGAGGACGGUCUCAAAAAUCAUGUUUGACUUCCAGAGGAACUCUACCUCUGACGAUGACUCCGGCUGUGCAUUGGAGGAGUAUGCAUGGGUGCCACCCGGCCUCAAACCUGAACAGGUUCAUCAGUACUACAGUUUUUUUCCGGAGGAUAAAGUUCCCUAUGUGAACAGCAUUGGUGAAAAGCAUCGAAUUAAGCAAUUGCUUCAACAGCUUCCACCACAUGACAAUGAGGUUCGGUAUUGUACCUCCCUGGAUGAAGAGGCAAAGCGGGAACUAAAAAUUUUCAGUAACCAGCGAAAGCGAGAUAAUCUAGGCAGAGGCACAGUCCGCCCUCUACCCCUCACCAUAACUGGAGCUAUAUGUGAACAGUGUGGAGGUCAAAUCAAUGGUGGUGAUAUUGCGGUGUUUGCAUCACGGCUUGGCCAUGGCCUGUGUUGGCACCCUCACUGCUUUGUGUGCUGCAUGUGUGCUGAGCUGUUGGUGGAUCUCAUAUACUUCCACCAGGAUGGCAAGAUCUACUGUGGCCGGCACCAUGCUGAACGACUCAAGCCGCGUUGCUCGGCCUGUGAUGAGAUUAUCUUUGCGGAUGAGUGCACAGAAGCAGAGGGGAGACAUUGGCAUAUGAAACACUUCUGCUGUUAUGAGUGUGCGGCUCCACUAGGGGGCCAGCGGUACAUUAUGCGCGAAGGCCAUCCUCACUGCUGCGACUGCUUUGAGUCGCUCUAUGCAGAGUGCUGUGACGCCUGUGGAGAGCAUAUAGGUAUAGACCAAGGCCAAAUGGCGUAUGAAGGUCAACACUGGCACGCCACUGAAGAGUGUUUCAGCUGUGCCCGCUGCCACCAGUCUUUGCUGGGAUGUCCCUUCUUGCCGAAGCAAGGUUUGAUCUUCUGUUCACGUCUCUGCAGCCAAGGGGAUGAGCCUGAGUUGUCAGAUUCCUCAGAUUCUGCCUUCCAGAGUGCCCGUUCCAGACAGUCACGCCGCAGUACUCGGAUUGGCAAGGAUGGCACAAAAGGCAAGAGUGAAGGUAUACGACAGACACCAUCUGGCCCUACACCAUCAACCGGUGACCGGCUGUCAGUAGAUGCAGAGCCCCUAGCUGUUCAAAUGGAUCUCCUCAGUGUAUCCAGCCCUGCUCCCAGCCGCACACCUCACCGUACACCGACAAGAACCCCAGGUAGGACGCCAAGUCGGUCUCCGAGUCUGAAUUGCGAGCAGACAGUAUGGGUGAACAGGGAUGAACCUUACUCCUCCUACGAGUCUCAACCAAGAGAUUCCUCCACACCUCCAAAUCCCCUUCAGCUACGGAGCCAGUGUAGCAUCCAUAGUGCUUACCCUUCUUCUCCCAACCAGCCACCCAAGGUAGUGAGCAAUCCUGAGUCAUGGUCCAAAGAACCACCCGGGGGUAAUUCCAAAAAGCCUCCAGUCAUAGCUGCUCUGAGAGGUCACUCUUUCAAUGAGAACUGGAUGCAUCAUGGCCAGGAAUCUGAAUUCCAUCCUCCUAAGCUCAAAACACAAAUGAGCUUUAAUGAGGUACCAAGCCAUAAUUCAAAAUUUUCGGACAAGCGCAGUAUCAGCGUGCAAGGUUUCCCUCGAGAGAUGCGUCCUCCAUUGCUGAGAAGAAAACACCAAUUUGGGCCAAGCUUUGGUGAGCUUACACCUCUAGAACAAACACCCCGUGGUUCUGCUGAUUCACUGGCCCUGUCCUAUGCUACAGGAAACUCGUUGGAUGGGACCAACAGGCGUCAGGAACACCUCUCUCGAUUUUCUAUGCCUGACCUAAGUAAAGACUCUGGGGUAAUUGUUUCUGAGAAGGGCACUAUGGGUACUUUGAACUCGUCUAUGCAGUUCCGCAGCACUGAGUCCCUGAGUUCUGUCUCGAGACCUCUUGCUGAAAUUGGCAUGCCUGUCAGACUAAGGUACCCACCUCCACUAUACUGGGAUUCUCCCAGAGGGCUAAGUUAUGAGGAACCAGUCAAGGGUCGCAUCGGUCUGGCAGGAAGCAUGUCCUGUAUGCAGGAAGGUAAUGCCCAAGCAAUGACACCACGACCAAGACGCGCUAAAACACAAGAUUCUCCUCGACAGCAACGACAGAGAGAACGGCACCACCGCAAAAGUCACAAGGCUCACAAAUAUCAUUAUCGCUCCCGUCGCUCUCGAUCAGACAAUGCCUUGCAUUUAGCCACCGAAAAUCCGAGUUUCCCAGGGGACCCCAUUCAGAGAUUUUGCGAUGACUUUGAGCAACCGUCAUCCUCGAGAGUGCCACACAAUCUCUUUGGAGCAAAUUAUGGGUAUCGACAGCAGUUCUUUAGGCCAUGUCCUCGAACCACCUCUGACCUCACCCUGCAGGACCCAGGUGGUCCACAAAUGAGGCAGUAUAUGGGAAGGUAUGGUGAAACAAUUGAGGAUGAAGAUCAGUUUUGUUCUACCUGUUCUUCUUCUUCAGAGGUGUCUGAUGAUGAAGCUUACUUUUUGGGUGAAGGCAUUCCACGGCCGGUGCAGCUGCGAUACUUUGACAAUGAGGAACUGCGACACCGUUAUAGUCCAACAAUGACGGGUGGGCACACCCAGUUACAUACACGCAAACGACGGAAGAGCAAGAACUGCAUCAUAUCAUAAGCAAAUGAUAAUGUGAGGAUCUGAGUGUUUACGUGUGAGUGGGUGUAUGUAUUUGUACUAAAAUAUCCAACUUAAUGGGUUGUAAUCCUAUUUAAGCAUGAUCCAGUCAUCACACAAAGUUAUAGAUCAUGAAUUCUGACCUGAAAUCAUGUAUUUACAAUGAAUGAAGAUGGCACUAUGAUAAAAAUAAUUAACUUGUAGUUAUUUGAUUAUUACAUUAAAUCUUAUAUAUAGCUAAUGAUAUGAUUUUUUCUUUAUGUAGAGACCUGUGCAAUAACAAUCUGCAGUGAUACUUUAGUUUGGGUUGAGGAAAGGACUCCAUGUGCACUUAUCCGUUCAGAAUUAGGAUAUGGAUUUUUAUCUUGCUUACUCUAAAAUGUCUUACAUUCAUUAAGUUUAAAUAUCUGCGCUUCUCUUGUGAAGAAUACAGGAUUUCUGCUCAGCAUAUACUAAAUAACUUCUAGAGCAUAAAAAAUCUGAUUACAAUGCUGUUCUGAGAUUACUUGUAUGUGAGUAUAAUAUAAGUCAAGCCUUCCUCACUUUCUCUUUGUUUUUGUUUCUUAAUUUUUUUGUAUAAUUUUGUGGCAAUACGGUUUACUAUAAUCCCCAUGUUGCUUACUGUUCUAAUAGUUAUAAAAAUCUCCCUUAUAUGCGCUCUUCAUCAUUUUCAACUUGUUUUAUUAAUGUCACUUUAAACUUAAACAUUUUGAAAUGUUUAUCUUUAUGUUGGGCAAUGUUGGGUAUAGUUCUGUUUUCAAUGCAAUAUACUGUCUUUUCCAAAGUCAUAUACGUAAAGAUGAUUGAACCAAUAUUAUCUUAAAAUUAAAUGUUCCUAAUGAUUUGAAAAAAAGACUAUAUACAAUUAAUGUAGUAUUGUAAAUGUUUUGUAAAUAAUGUCUUAAAUAUUUCUAUAUUUUGUAUCUUCAGAUGCAUUAUUUGUAUCAUAUUGUAGAGUGUAGAAAUCUACGGUGAUUGCAUGUG